ACGUUCUUCCUUUUUUAAAGGCCAAGUUAAGUUUCUUUCCCAAGAAAACUCAACUGAGCAGGUUUUAGACUGAAAUAAGGUCUUUAAUUCACCCAAAUCUCAGUUCCUCCGGGUUUUGUUCAGUAUUUCACUGCUUUUCCCUGUAAGGUGCCCUUAGUGUUUUCUCAUAAUACCGUAGCCCGGACCUGCACAGGAAAUGCUGCUUCACCUUAAUGCCGCAUACGGGGUCGGAGUGGGGGGUGGAGUUCUCAGCUAUCUGUCCCCUGCAGAUAGGAGGGGGGGGGGAAGCCAAUGUUCCAGGCAUCUACACACACGCAUGCCUGCAGGCACAAACGUCUGCGGGUCAGCGGGAAGAUGCGAGGAUGGGCAAACCGCUGCCUGCGAAUUUGAUGCCCAUUUUGGUUUUUGCAGUUUUGGGGACAGUUAACGCGCUUUCGAUGCCUGUGCUGAGUGGACCACAGAGGGAAUACCUGGCAGCCAGGAUGACCUUCAUGUGCGCAGCACCCCAGGUGCCCCCCCCCGCCAUCUUCGAGCUCCAGAGGGACGACGAUGGCCGAGUCUUGGCCGCGAAAUCCUCAACGGGAAGUCGGCCCGUCAAUUUCAGUCUGCCAGUCAGAAACAACUCGGCAGGGAUCUACCGCUGCAGAGUGACCCCGCGGAGGGGCCCCGACCGUGGCCUGCCGUUCUACAGCAACGGCCUACCCUUCCAGGUCGUGAUCCCAGUGCGGGGUGCCAGCCUGCUCCCAGAACCCGACCCGCCUACCCUGUACGAGGGGCAGAUGCUGACCCUGUCCUGCCGGGUCCAGCGGGGCUCCCACCUGACCUACAGCUGGCUCCACGACGGCAGGCAGCUGCCUGAUAGCCCUCUGGGGGGAAACCUCACCAUCAGCCCAGUGACGCCGAAACACGCUGGGAACUACUCCUGUGCUGCUCGGAAUGACAUGACCAGCUCCCACGUUUCCCAUAGCAGAGAUGUCCCGGUCGUGGUCAGAGCCUUGCUGUCCAAGCCACACGUCUCGUUUGCUGUGACCAAAGAGGGCUCAGGAUACCACGCUGACGUGACGUGCCACUUGGCCAAUGGGACGCCGCCCGUGCAGUUUCGGCUCUUCCUGAAUGACACGGAGGUGGCCAGCAGGACGGCGCUGUCACGCAGCACCAGCUUCUCAGUGCCAGUGCGGCUGGGGGAGAGAUUAGGCAACGUGCAGUGCGGGGCAGAGAACACCGUGCAGCGGCUUGUCAGCAAUGCGGUGACGCUAGAAGUGGUCCCUGUAGGGGGCGCUGUGCAUCUCCAGGUACAGUACCUGCACGAUGCUGCCUCCACUGUCGUCGCUGUCCUGCUCCGCUGCACACUCACUCGGGGGACCUUUCCGGAGUUCGCCUGGUUCCUGAACGACACCCUCCUGGGAGAGAAAGGUGCCUCGCACCUAAUGACCGACCGAAACGGUACGCUUCUCCUGGUACCCAUCAUGGCAGAGAAUUCUGGAUACUACCGCUGUGAGGCUAAAGACAGCUUCGAGGAAUCCCCGUGGUUACGAAGCCAGGAGCACCUGAUCCACAGCUCCGCAGCGUCCCGCAUGGUGACUCUGGAAGUGAUCGCUGUGGCGUUCAGCUGCUUCCUCCUGCUGGCCAUUCUGGGAAGUGCGGGUGUCGCUUUGGCGCUGACUAACAGGGGGGUCAGUAGCAGUUCACCAGCCAGGUAUCGAUAUAUCAACCCCAGGCCCAGUAUAUUUGACCUCCUAGAGAUCCCACCCAGGCCAAAUGUCUCAGCGAGGGAGGAGGCCAGUGACAGAAGCAGCCCCCACCACACGGACCCCAAUAUGGCUACAGCUGAGGAGCAGCUGCCAGUAUGACAGGAUGGUUUCCAAGCCGCCCCGGCAAUGCAGGUCCAUCGUCUCUCUGCACCAGGGAACCCAGAGGGCAAAACGUUGGACCGCAAUGAAACUGUCGCACAAAAUGUGCUUGAUGUGUUGUUUACGCACAUCUGUCAGCCAUGUUUAAAUUCAGGAACUGUACUUUACUGCUUAUGGCCUGACACUCACUGCCUAGCUGGGUUUUCAUCAUUAAUUAAUAAAAAGUUUGUUUUUUAUUAAACAGUUUUUGUUGCUCGUUUUCUCUGUUGCAUCACUAAUAAACUGUCCAAACGGCAGUGUU